CUGCCACCUAGCGAACACAGGCGGCGGCACCCGCGCGUCUCCUCCCGCCGGGGCCCAGUCUGCGGCGCGGGGCGGGGCCGGGCCCCACGCGGCGCGCCACCACGGGAGGCUGGCCGGCCGCCAACAGCACCGCCCCGUCCUAGCUCCCAUCCUUUCUAUCACAAACAUGGCCGCCGCUGCUGCGGCCGUGAAGAUUGGAAUUAUUGGUGGAACUGGCUUGGAUGAUCCAGAUAUCUUAGAAGGAAGAACAGAAAAAUAUGUUGACACUCCUUAUGGCAAGCCAUCAGAUGCUUUGAUAUUGGGAAAGAUAAAAAAUGUGGACUGUGUGCUGUUGGCAAGACAUGGAAGGCAUCAUACAGUUAUGCCAUCAAACAUCAAUUACCGUGCCAAUAUCUGGGCACUGAAAGAAGAAAAUUGUUCCCAUGUAUUAGUGACUACUGCCUGUGGUUCAUUACGAGAGGAAAUACAACCUGGUGAUCUUGUCAUAAUUGACCAGUUCAUUGACAGGACAACUAAAAGACAUUGUACUUUCUACGAUGGGCAGCAUUCCAGUCUUUCAGGAGUGUGUCAUGUUCCAAUGGCAGAGCCAUUCUGUGCCAAAACCAGAGAGCAUGUUUUGCAGGUUCUUAUUGAGACCGCCAAGAAGCUGGGGCUCCAGUGUCAUUCUAAGGGGACAAUGAUCACAAUUGAAGGCCCACGUUUCAGUUCUCGAGCAGAAAGCCUUAUGUUUCGCAGCUGGGGAGCUGAUGUUAUCAACAUGACCACAGUGCCUGAAGUGAUUCUUGCGAAAGAAGCUGGAAUGAGUUAUGCUAGUAUUGCCAUGGCAACAGAUUAUGACUGCUGGAAAGAACAUGAAGAAGCAGUUUCAGUGGAUAAAGUUUUAAAGACACUGAAAGGGAAUGCAAAUAAGGCUACUAGCAUACUCCUUACUGCUAUACCUCAGAUAGGUUCCAUGGAAUGGACUGACACUCUGCACACCCUGAAAACAACAGUGCAGUGUUCGGUCAUUCUGCCAAAACAGUAACAGCCUGGAUGGAUCUUGAAGUUCAGGUGCUCACAAGGAAGAGUGGAUCACUCUUGAACUCCAGAGGUUAUAGUAUCUUCAAAAACUCUUACAAGCAUAAAAGACUAGAGUAAACGUUUACCAAUGAUAACGUAUAAGACAACUUUUAUAAUCUUUAUCAUGCUUGAUAAUGUAUAAGAUGUUGUCAUUCUCUCUUCAGUGACACCUUUUAGUUGAUGGAAGAAAGGACAGGCCAGGUGUUACUCUUACAGUUUCAUAAAAUAAGAACUAAGAAUGCAGAUUCACAGAUAGGCUAUUUGCUUUGCUAUUUCUGCCUGCAUCUUUUCCUUCAACAAGGCAAAUGUUUACAGUUCACUUCAGAAACACACCAGAAAAAACUGAACAGACCAUUUCAAAACAGAAUUAUACUAUUUUUGUACAUUAUCCAUGUUUUUUUAUUUCAGUUAAUUUUUUUUAAAGCAAUGGUUUUUGUUUGUCUUUGAGAAGGCACCGGGUAAUAAUUGUGGUGGUUGUUUCACAGCAGCAGUUGUGUAAUGAAUGAAUGUUUUCAUUUUAAAAAAUUAGGUAAUGUCUAAGUCAAAUUUGUGCCUGAAAAUGUACUUACGUCACUUACAGAACUGUACUUCUGCCAGUGUCCUGAACACUGGGCUGGCCUUUUGCUGCUUCAUUGAUCUGAACAACUCUUGAGUUUAGUUUCUGUUUUAAGUGAUGAAUGUGCUUUGAAUGUAUGCAUUUCAUUUUUUAACACAAUUUGACUUCAGUAAAAUAAUGUGCUGCUUCUUGCCUAGUAAAUAAAACAAAUGAAACCUAUGCUUCUCCAAGCUGUGUGGAUUUUUUUAAUUAAUAUUAUUUUCUUCUAGUCAUUAGUGAGUGAAUUUUGUUUGUCUGACAGUGACUUUUGCCAUUCAUGAACAGGUUGGUGGUCAUACCUUGUCAACACUGCUUGUAGAAAGACCACUUUCAGAAAAUACUGUGCUGCUGUUCUAAGUCCCUGAAAUAACAGAGAUUGUUGAGACAGAAGUGGGUGAGAAUGCAGUCCAAGCCAAGCAAGGGAAAGAUCAGAAACAUGAAAUGUAUGGAUUGUUACAGGAAAAAAAAUAUCCAAAGGUAAACAAAAAAAAUAGGUACAAAAA